AUGUCAUCAAUUAAUUCAUUAUAUGAGGCUUGUAAGAAUAAUGAUAUAAGUCGUGUACGUGAACUUCUACAAACUUUGCCCGAUGAUGAAUUGAAUGAGCAAGAUCCUAAUAAGCGUACAGCUUUACAUGUUGUCGCAUCAUAUGGACAUGCGGAGAUAUUAGAACUUUUAUUGGCACAUGAAAAUAUUAAUCAAUCGAUCAAAACUCAAUGGAGUUGCGUUGCUAACGAUGAAGCUCCUGCUUACUUAAAGUUUUUGUUUGAUAAAAUGUCGACAAUAGACCAGACCGAUACCAUCAAUGGAUAUAAUAAUUAUAUCGAAGAAUCAAUCGAAUGGUUCGAUACAUAUAAAAAUGCCUAUCGAAUUGCCUACGAGAAUCAUACUCAUAUGAAGCGAUGGCUAACUAAAAUAUCGUUCGCUCGGUUGGUAGAAGAAAUUGAUACUGGCUAUAUUGACAAAAUUGAUUUUGGUUCUGAUCAAAAUGAUCAGAAACUUUUAAUCAAAGGCUAUAUGAAGCAAGCCAUGGAGAACAAUGAUUCAACACCACUUGUUCGUGCCUAUACGGAAAAGACACGUUUCGUUACCAAACUAAACGAAGAUUUAGCCAAUGGUGGAUCUGAUUUUCGGUUCGAGAUAAGCUUCGCAAUGAGCACCACAGUUUAUUGUGAUAAUGAUCCACCAAAAGGCUUUGGUCAAUACAUUUUCGUUGCCAUUCUCAGUCAUCAUCCACAACUACAACAAUAUCGUCAUUACAUUGGGACAACCUACCGUGGUGUGAAUGUGAAAGACUCAUAUUUAGAUCAGUAUGAAGAAGUUACUGAAACGGGAACUGUUUGUGUUCUUAAGCAAGAAAGCACGAUUAUUGGUUUAACAGCUGAAGACUAA